CUGUUUGCCCUCCUGGUCACCGCAGCAAACGGGAACACCGAGAAGGUCAUCUUCCUCGCACCAGCGUCAUCCCAACACUCCUUCCCAAUUUCGUCGUCACUACUUGAGAGCUUUGACCCGAACGUACUUUCGCCAAACCGAAGCACUGCGAGAAAAGCGCUGCCUGUUGCCUUCCCAACUACCGACACGCCGCGAGGCCUCGAGUAUUGGUAUCUUCUCCGACACCUCAACGAGGCCCAGAGAUACGAAGUCAGAGUGUGCUGGGUAGCGAGCCAGCCGACGGAGUUUUGGCUAGACGUGUUCGAGUUGAGCAACCUCCCACCAUCGUCUCCGGCUGCUCUGGAAUUCAAACGACUGCUGGAGGACGCCUCAGCAAGCAGUACGCGUGAGACCAGCUCGGAGAGUGUCCUGGCGCUCCGUGUCCAAGCAGCUGCGGACUUCUAUACCAGCAAUCAGACGCUGAUGCAAUAUCCGCCGCCCGUUAACCUGGACAUCAUUCUUGACCCUUACUUUGCCAACGUCUUUCCUACAUCGCUUGGACCGACAGCAGUCUACAUCACGGUCCUCGCCAUCCUUGGGUGGUACAUCUCCGACUGGAUCUGGUCCCAUCUG